CACACAUGUUAUCAUUCAGCUGAUUAGGUAGGAAGUCUACAAAUUGUGUCACUUCCAGUCUGAUCUCGAUCAUUCAGUCAUGAUGCCUCAGCUCUACCUAGGUGUGCUAAUCUUGGCUGUUUUUGCAACGGCUGUUGCAAAUCCAGAAAUCAACGUAGUCUGUGAAAAAGACUCGGUGAGAAUCACAUGGAGGAUCAGUGCCGAGUUGGUGCCGCACGCAGCUCGUCUCUUCCUGGGGAACUGCAUGCCGUCUCGGUUGAACGUUCUGCCCAGCGGAGAAGGGGAGGCACACUUCAACUACAAGUUUGCAGACUGCAAAUUUAAAAGAGGGAUGAAUGGAAAACAUCUCCUCUAUCAAAAUGAACUGACCUACAGGCCACAUGCAAAGUCCAAACCUGCAGCCGUUGUCUAUCCCAUUGAGUGUGUUUAUAAAAGACCUGAGGGGUGGAUUCCCCCUUUUCUGAACCCUGGAUCAGGCGUUUCUGAGGGCCGAGGCGGACUGGUCUUUCACAUGGCACUCCUAAAUGAGCAAUUAACAGGUGUAGCAAAGACAAACGUCAUCCCACUGGGCUCGUUUAUACCGAUAUGGGCCGCAGUGGAGCAGAGGUCCCAUCAACCUUUGCUGCUUCUCAUGGAGGAAUGUGUGGCAGCCAUGACGCCACAGCUGUGGCCUGACAGCCAGGUCUACCCCAUCAUUAGCAACAAGGGGUGUCUUCUGGAAAGCAUGAGGGGAAACUCUGUGUUCCUGCCUCGGUACCACUCGUCCGCACUCAUCCUCUACCUACAGUCCUUCAAGUUUGGCCUUGGAGAGGAGGUGUACAUUCACUGUAAACUGGUCGCGUGGGAUCCUGAAGUUCUCGACGAAAGCAAGAAAGCCUGCCAUUAUGUAAAGGAAAAUGGGAGAUGGGAACUACUCGACGACCCCUUUCAGAGCUCAAUCUGCAGCUGCUGUGACUCGACCUGCCAUUCCCGCUCCAAAAGAUGGGCCGACUGGGGAUCCCAUGGCUUUAGUCACAAGUCUGUUUUGGGACCCCUGAUCAUCAUGGAUCCGUCUGACUCGCAAGCCCAGGGCAUACCACAGGUGUCUGACUCGCAGCAGGAAAGCCCAGUGUGACCUGAUGGGGACUCUGUGAUUGCGCGCAACAGAGGCCAGAACAAGAUGGCCGAAGGCUCCUGGCUUACUAAUUGUCAGGACUUCAGCUUUACGUGAUUUCAACUUAAACUGUUUGCAGAUUAUUUGAAGCUGCAGUGGUAUUUGCCACAUCAUGCAUCCAUCUCAAACCCUGUGCAAAAAAUAAACCUGGUGUAAAAUCCUGA